UGGGGGUGGGGUGAUGUGUGCGGAAGUGAAAUCAAAACUCCAUGGCAAACCACCUCGAUCCUGUGAUAGUUAGUAGUCGUUAGUGAUCUGCCAAGUGAUCCAGGAGCGAAAGGUCGAUAGAUCUCCAUCUAAUUGUGAAAUCAUGGAAUCAGACAAGCUACUACAUGUAGCUAACUUUAGCACGCUGUUUGUGUGCAUGGUGCUAAAGUUUCCGCAAAUAUUUGUUUUGAUGCGCGCGAAAUCGACAACGGGAGUGAGCCUCAACAGUCUUCUGCUGGAGCUAACAGGGUUCAUUGUGUUUGUCACCUACCAGAUGUCUAAUGACUACCCACCCCCAACCUACUUGGAGUACCCCAUCCUCAUUGCUCAAGAUGUCAUCCUCCUGCUCUUGAUUCUACAUUACAAUGGCAGCCUGAAGCAAAGUCUGAUUUAUGCAGUCGUGUUUGUGGGAGGCUGGCAACUACUCACUGUGCAGAAGUGGAUAAUUGAUUUGGCCAUGAGCCUGUGUACAUUCAUCAGUGCUGGCAGUAAGUUUGCCCAGCUCCAAUGCCUGUGGCAGUCCAAGGACUCAGGCCAGGUUAGCGCCCUCUCCUGGGGUAUGGCAACCUACACAUGUUUUGCAAGGAUUUACACCACCGCUGUGACAAGUGGAGACAUGCAGGUUCUGGUGCGAUUUAUUGUCAUGACACUGCUGAAUUCAUGGGUGCUAGCUACAGUCUUCUACUACAGGAAAAGGGCUGGGGAAGUACAGAAGAAGCAGGAUUAAGUCUCCUGUCACAAACAUACCUGACAAAUAGUUGUUACUACCACCAAUGUCAAAAACUGGACAAUUUGCCUGCACACUCUUCUUUCAAUGUUUAAUUUCACCCAGACAUGAGGCUGAGAACUGGACAGUUGGCAAACCAACCAUUUUCAUAUUGAAAGGAGGAUUUUAUUUUCUAAAAACAGUUUGGUACCUUUUUCUUUUUACAUUUAAUGCUGGUUUUAAGCCAGACAUUUAUUUGGCUGUAUUCUCAGUUUGACAUCAGGUCAAGUUAGUGCAAACGAUUUAAAAAUGAGUGUUGACCAAACAUAUUGGGUGUGUUAAUUAAUCCUUUCUGUUGAGAUGCAGAUGUGUUUCUCAGGAUAAAACAUUAAACACAGCUAACUUUCAAUACAUUUUCUAAAGAUUUGAAUCAAUAAACCCCAUACCCCCUUUGAAA